CAGGAGCGGGUCAGCUGAGAUGCCCAUCGUAUCAGGGGUAUCCCCAAGAUGCCCAUCGUAUCAGGGGUAUCCCCGAGCCGAAAGACGCAAUUCAUGCUGCCCACUCCUCCGUUCUCCGCUACGUCCGCGACGUAGCCGGCAUCACGUUUUAGGCGCCCAUCAUACCGCCUAGCUCGACGGUAUGCGCAUUCCCAACGCGUGAUCUGAUGACGCUGGAUUGGAUCUGUGGUGGCGUGGUCGCUUAGACGCGGAAAAUGCACAGUGACGCCGGUAGAGACCGUGCACAUGCCGACCUGUUUGGCUCUGCGGACCGGGCGGGCUGCGGGCUUUGCGGACUGGAUGCGGAUCUGCGGACUCUGCGGACUGCAUGCGAAUGUGCAGACUGCCAGUCUGCAUACGGCAUCGCCAUACUGGGUGCGCUUGCAUCACAUGCCACUGCCGUCUCAUUUUUCAAGACAUCAUAUGGGAACAGCCGCGUGGCAAUGUGGCGGUGCAUGAUCGAAAAACGUGCCCCCGCCACUCACCAUACCGUCUGUGGUCGCGAGGUGUGCCUCCGCGUACAGGCCACUCGGGCGAGACACCCAACUUUUGUCCGUGCAACCUUGACGGGAAGAUCUUUAGCGCAGUCUGCGACACCUCACGACGAGGGCCACUACCGCAAGAUACGGAAUCAGGAGCCUUCUCACACAAGACUAGAUUGUAGCGGAUCCUCAGAACAUGUUCAUCAUCAAGGGUCGCAGCGCCGCAGUCUGGCGGAUCGACGGGAUCGUCAAACCUGUGCGCCAGAGUUUCACAGGUGGCACAUGAAUGAGCCACUCCAAAUGCUGCGGGCUGCAACAUCGUUCAUUUGUCUAGCUGCUAGCGGCUCGUGAACGUCAUACAUGUACGGACGAAGCACUACAAGUUCUCCUCCUAACUGUUCUCCGUAUAUUAACACCUAGGGGUGGUAAGUAAAAGUUUGAGUAUCGUAAAGGGUGGGCG